UUCAGAGCAGCACUCACCAACUCAACAACAAAUCCCUCUCCCUUUCUCUCUCUAGCAGGUAGCUUCGUCCUAUCUAGCAUAGUGAUCAGAUCCAUGGCCGGAGUGCUGGAAGAAGAGUUCGACGAGGGAGAGGUGUGGGACGUGCUGCAGGAUCAGGCCGCCAGCACGGAGGCGGCGGCGCUCAUCACCACUCCUCCUCCGAGAAAUAGGAGGGGUGGCAACGGCAAGAAGGCCGUGAGCAAGGACGAAGGCUUACGUGCUGCUACAGCGAGGAUGCCGAUGAGCAAGGGAAGGUCGUCGGCGCCGGUGGCCAUUCCGUCCGGCAGCUCGUCGAGGCGUGGCGGCGGUGAGGAGGAGGAGGAGGAUGGAGCGGAGAUGCUGCCUCCGCACGAGUGGCUGGCGAGAAAGAUGGAGCGGAUGAGCACGGUGUCCGCGCCGGCGUCUCCGCCGGAGGCGUGCAGGGGGAGGAGCAAGGGGAGGGAGAUGAGGAAGGUCAGGGACGCGGUGCUCCCCAAGACCGCCUUCUCCGAGCAGUAGCAGGCCAGUUAUAGGAGAUCAAGCUAUCACGCAUUCGCUCCCUGCAAUGCACGCAUGCUCAUUGCUCAAGCUAGACGAAGAAAUUAAGAUGCAUUGCAGUACGUACGUACCUAAGCAUGCUAGCUCGUACUAGCUAGGAGCAGAAAAGUUUCAGCAUCGCCCUAUCCGUACUACGUUGUGUGUAUAUACGGAGUAUAUGUGUAGU